GGACUGUUAUUCCGUGGAAGUGGUGUCUGAGAAGUGUCCAAUCUAUUGGUCUGUCCUGGAAAGCGCUGUAUUGGUUUGCGUUUUUUUGUGACCCGUUGCUAUGAAUAUUAAUAAUUCUAUAUGGGUUCUGUGUGUUCUGUUUCAUUCAACGAAGCAGCACUUUACAGGUUCUGGCGCCUGUAGGGACAAAGUUUCGAUGUGCUACACAUAUGAUCCAAUCAUUUGCGUUGUGUACAGAAGUUGGGCGGAGGUCCAAUGCGCUUGUUUUUGUAAAACUCACAAUCAUGGAUUAAGUGCGGCUCCUAAUCAAGCAACAUUGACGCCGCCGACGAUAAGAACAUCACAUCACGUGACGCCGCCAACAAUAAGAACACCACAUUUCUUGACGCCGUCAACGUCACCAUAUCACGUGACCAAUUCGGUACCUUCCUCCAUCUCCUGUUUUACUUGUGAAGAUUAUCUGACGUUUCGAUGCAAGUCAUUUGCAACCGAGUGUGUGAACACAUGUAUGAUCCGAUACAGAGAUGGAAAGUUAGAGUCCAAGUGCACCAUGGAUCUGGAAUGCAGAAAUUCACAGCAAAACGAAUUUCUUCAUUUUGGAAGCUCGACUCGCUGCUGCAGAACUAAUGACUGUGUCACCGAAACUAUACAACAGGCCAUCAGAAAUCACCAAGCCCAGACCGGAAGCCAGUCAUCGUCUGCUGUAGCAAUGUCGAGUUCAAGAGCGACACAACCUCUACCCAUGACAACAAAACCAGCUACAGAAUCAACGACUAAAUCAACAAUUGGAACAACAUUAAAGCCGUCAACAGCAAGAACAACAACACUGAAGACAACACCUGUGAAAUCAACGUCAUAUGAAUCAACAGUUGAUUUAAAAACGUCACCAUCACCAGUAGCUACAUCGACUACUAAAACGUGGUCAUUUGUAACCAUUCCUAUUGGGAGGAGACGGAGAUUGAUAAAUAUAAAAACAUAAUAGUGUUCACUACUUCAUUUCACAUAUUAUAAGCUUGAUUACUUCACUUAUCAAUUCCAAAAUGUAUUUUAUAAAAUUAUAGGGCAAUGCAAAAUCCUGUACACCAAGAAAAACCCAAACAAACGAAUAUACCAAAAUAUCGUUG